GUGACGAAGCCGCUACGUACGCUUUAUCAAGCCUCUUCCCGCGCGACAGCCUCCCUAUUCUUCCUGCUCCUCAGACCUUGUCGCCAGUCUGCCCUUUUUGCUUUUAAGAUCCCAGGACUCGAAUUUGCUACCAUGUCUUCUGAAGAAGGAAAACUCUUCGUGGGAGGACUAAACUUCAACACCGAUGAGCAGGCACUGGAAGACCACUUCAGCAGCUUCGGGCCUAUCUCUGAGGUGGUUGUUGUCAAGGACCGGGAGACUCAACGAUCCCGGGGUUUUGGCUUCAUCACCUUCACCAACCCAGAGCAUGCCUCAGAUGCCAUGAGAGCCAUGAAUGGAGAGUCCCUGGAUGGUCGCCAGAUCCGUGUGGACCAUGCAGGCAAGUCUGCCCGGGGCACCAGAGGGGGUGCCUUUGGGGCACAUGGUCGUGGUCGCAGCUACUCUAGAGGUGGUGGAGACCAGGGAUAUGGGAGCGGCAGGUACGACAGUCGACCUGGAGGUUAUGGAUAUGGAUACGGACGGUCUAGAGACUAUAGCGGCAGAAGCCAGGGUGGUUAUGACCGCUACUCGGGAGGAAAUUACAGAGACAAUUAUGACAACUGAAUUGAGGCACGAGUGCACAUAGUGUAGAUACACAAGGAAUAACACUUCUGAUCCAGGAUCGUCCUUCCAAAUCGCUGUGUUUAUAAAGAUUUUUGGAGCUGCGUUGAAACAUCUGUUUUAGUACAUCAACUUUUAUUUUUGAAAUGAGCUCCCAAGGUAGCUUGUUAAAGAUCUUUUUGUAAGCUCCAUGUAUUCUUUAAGAAUUUUUUUCCCAUUUAAAGACAAAUUCUGAGACAUUUGUGGAAUCCAGAUAUUUAUCUUUUUAUCAGGGUUUUUUUUGUUUGGGUUCUCAGGAUUAUUGCUUUUGACAAAAAAAUGUUUUGCCAGACUGAUUUUUUUUUUAAUGAAUGUGUAUCUAGGGACAUUUUUAAACCUUGUAUACAAUGUUUAUCAUGGUCAGAAAGUGAUUUCUGAACAUAACCUAUAAGCAGCCUUCAUCAAGAAUACAAUUAUUUGAGAGAUGUUUUUUAUUCAAGAUCACCGCCCUGAUUAUAUAGAAGAGCUUCUUUAAAAUGUUUGUGUCGUUUUUUUAAAUACUGGAAAAAAAAUUGUUGUGUCUCAUAGUAUUUAGUAUGUCCUUCAUGGAGCUGAUUAAAAAGAUGAAACGUGAACACGAAUUGAUACUGAUAAUGCUUUUUCCUUACUCAGUCCAGUUUACAAAAUAAUUGUAGAUGCAGGUCAGGAGGAGGGAAUCCUAGAAAGAAAUUUGUUGGGGUGGAGGUCGUCAGGGUUUGCCAAAAGGGUAGAAACCUCAAAUUGCAAAGCUUGGGUACACAUAUGGUGGGUAUGGGGUAGAGUUCCCCUAUAACUGGAAUUAGGUAUCCCAAGUUGAUGUCUUGCCAUUUAAUGUUUGCGUCUCUAGCCGAUCUUAGUUUUCUUAGUUCUGCCUCUCCCUUUAGUAAUGGUUCUAGUAGUUUUCUGUAUUGGGAUUUCACACCCCCCCUCAAUGGGUGUUAUUCUUCCAUUGGUUCCAUUUUCAGACAGAAAAACGAGUUGUGGCCAUGGUUUUCAACUGGCCAGUAUUGAGCCAAAUAUCACCAGGUUGCAGUCUCCCAAGAUACUACUACCCUGAGCUGCCUUAUUGCUUCAUUCAUAGGGCAUGGAGAUGUGAAUUGUGAGUCUUGGUCCUGGAGGCCUGCCUCUUGGACCUCCCAGCUAGUAGGGACAGGUCCUAAGGACUCUUUCUCCCUCCCAAAUGGUCAUGAAUUUGCUUUGGCAGGUGGAUGGAGACUCAGGAACUUACCAGACUUCUGCCUCACCCAGUGAGCCAAGCCCAGGUUAUGGGGCAUUGUGGCUAACCCCACCAGGUGGGUACUUGGUCUUAGGAGGCAUCCUUUGGGGACCUAAGGCGGUGGGAGCUAGCAGAACAAUGACUGCCUUAUAAGUGGGGAUUGGGGAAACCACUGCUACCUUUCUCAAGAGGAGAAAUGUACCUCUUACCCAGAGUCACCUCAGGUAGGAUCCCAUAAUCAGCCCUAAAAUUUCCACAACAGAAUCAUUCUGUAGGUUUGAUCAGUAAAGACCACAAAUAGCCUCAUAUGCUCUUACAGAAGCUGUCAUCCUGCUCUGCUUUCCAGCGUUCAGGAGGUGCAUUGUAAUAAUUCAGCCAUGGGAGGCCCGAACCACAACAAUUUUCAUUUUUUGCUGUUGUUUAUUCAGGGGAUCCAUUUAUUUACUUCAGGUGGUCAAAGCAGGAAAGGCCAUAGCAGUUUUCUAUGGUGCCAUGGUUGGUCCCUAAUAAAAUUCAAGAUUUGAGGCUCAAAGCAUUCACCCUUUCAUGGCUGAAAGGGGGAAUUGAACCUGAGCCUUGUGCUGCAUGCUAAGCAUACACUGCCACUGAUACUCCUAGUCCCAAAUAGUUAAUGCCAUAGCCACACCCUUUUUAGUUUUGGUGGUACUGGAGGUUGAACUCUGGGCCUUGUGCUUGAUCACUCUGUCAGGCCUAUUUUGUAUUGGGCUUUUUCAAGAUACGGUUUUGACAUUUUUGCCCAGGCUGAACUAUGAUCUCUGCCUCCCAAGUAGUUUGAAAUUUCCUUCAUAGUGCUUGUUAGGAGUUGCCUGCAUCUCACUAAUCAACUGGUUUUCCAUGAACCCACAUGGACUUAAAACCCCUAAACACUCAGGGCACCUGGAAACAUGUAUCCCAAGGCCUACAAAGCCUUUCAAACACUAGAUAUUGUCUGUACUGAAAACCUUUAUUUCUCUCACAGUAGUAGGAAUUUUUUUUUUGAUGGGACUGGGGCUUGAACUUAGGUCUUUCCAAGUGCAAAGCAGUUGCUUUAUUGCUUGAGCCACAGUUCUGUUCCAGUAAUGGGAAUUUAACCCAGGAACUUGGGGUUGCUAGGCAGGUGAGCCAUACCUCCAGCCCUUCCUCAGCCCCAAACAUUUUGGAUACUGCCCCCCUUCCCCUAAUCUUCAAGAUCCAAUCAGUAGCCAGUGUUACUAUUUGUGCCUGUUUAGAUAAGUCUUGAGGGUUUUUUAAUAAAUUCAUGACAAUAAGUCUUAAUAAACAGUUUUUUGUUAGUGAAGAUUGAUUCUAUGAGGUGGGACUCAAAUUUACAGUUUAUGCAUGAAGAUAAAGCUUCUUGUUAAAAAAAUUUGUGUGAUUCUGAAUAAACAUUUCUUUAUCCGGUGUUUGAGGUUUUUUGGGUUUUGUUGGGGGGGUGUGUCUGUUUUAUAGGGAUUGAAUGAAGGACUUUGGUGUGUGCUAAGUGUAUACUCCACCAGUGAACUGUAUGCCAUAAGCCCACAUUUUUUAAAUAUUCUUUCACUCAUACUAUUUUUAUGUUAUAAAGUGGAAUAUUAGCAAUGCCUACCACGAAAAACCAUCUGGUAAAGAAGAAACACCAAUGUCAACCUGCAUUGAAAUCCAA